GCUGUGUUGUCGUGAAUCAUAGAAGAUCAGUAUUCAACAUAUUCAACAGGGUCCAGGAUCAAUAGGGUAUCUAGACUGAGGGAGAGCAUUGAAUUUGAUUUGUAUAUCACAGUUCUGGAUCGAUAGAUUCAGGUAUCACCGUCGUCACGCCGCUGAACCGGAACCGGUGGAACUUGAAUGUCGAGGCUACGCUGUCGUUUCACAGGCAACGGCAAGGCCUACUCCGGAUUUUCAUGUCCGAACACAAGUGGAAAGACGGCCAGCCGACGGAGGAGGAAGCAUUCAUGAUGUUCAGUUACGGGGACGAUAGCGCCGUUCCGGUCCCAGCCAUCUUCAUGUUCGUGCCUGGGAUGCCCAUCGUCGUCAAUCACAAUACCCACCAAGGCCUGAAGCUAGUCAACGGCGCCAGCUACGCGGCGUUGGACGUCGUUCUCGACGAGGCAUACCCGGGCCAUCGCAUCGACGCCGACACCAUCCUUCACUUCGGCCCUCCGGCGGGGAUCCUGCUGGCGUCCGGGACGACACGAGACUUCCAUUUCGUUGGCAUGCCGGCUGGCACCAUCCUCCUUACGCCGAUCAGCGCCAAAAUCGAGUGCCAGAAGAAGCGGCCAUGGCAAAAUCAGGACGUCAGCCGGCGAGGAUUGCCAUGUACAGCCGCAUUCGCCUGUACGGACUACAAAGUACAAGGCAAGACGCUAAACCCCGUGGCGCUGGAGUUGCGGGGGACGCAGGUGACCAACAUCGACGGCAAGGCGGUGGCCAGCCAAUGCGAUCCGUACAGCUUGUACGUGCAGCUGUCGCGCUGCCCGUCGCCGGAUGGUAUCAUGCUCCUGUCCCGGGCGCGAGAACGGGACUUCGUAGGCAAUCGGGUGCCCGAUAACAUGGUGGCGGCGGAGGCACGGUUAGGACGGCUGAGCGAGACGACCAUCCAGGACGCGGAAUCUUGGGACUGGUCAUCCGAGGGGGAAAGGUUCACAACGCAGAACUAGUGUUCGGAAAGGAAAGCAGCGAACCUGCGCGGAUGUAAUGUAUAUUCAGGUAUUAGUUUGGUUAGCU